AUGUGGUGUAAAGGCUUGGCAGGAACAGGGAAGAGCUCUUUGGUGGGAACCCUCCACGACUUGCUCACUGCGGACAUGGGAGGACGCAGUCGGCUUGCGGUGUUCGUUCGCUACGACCGCAUCGAGUAUUCGAAUGCGAGCAAGCUAAUCACCAGCAUCGCUUAUGCCUUGGGAAUGUUCGACGUGCGCAUUGGGAUGGCUAUCUCCAAGGUUGUGGAGAAAUCGCGAUCGGUGGUGACUAUGGCGGACCCGUCCGCUCAGUUUCAGCUACUACUUCGUGGUCCACUUGAACGCAUCCUUGAUCUUGUUGAUGAAGGACCCCUGGUUGUCAUCAUCGAUGGAUUGGAUGAGUGCAACGCAUCUAGUGAACUGUUGAUCACGCUUGCCGAAGGAUUUGGUCCGAAACUUCCCUUCAUGCGGCUGAUUGUGUCCAGCCGACCAGUUCAUCACAUAGCUACGGCGUUCGAGGGACGAGACUGCAUAUACCCACUCCAUUUGGAUACCUCCUCGAAGAGUGUAAACCGUGAUAUCCGGUUUUAUUUGGAGCGAGAGUUUGCAAGAAUACACGACGAUGCGUUCCAGGAGAAGUGUAAAGAGCUACAUGCUGUCAAUGAACUGACAACACGGGCGAGCGGUUUAUUCAUUUGGGCAGCAACCG